AUGGCAAGCCAGGCAGCAAGAUAUGAACGGAUCUACCCAACAGAUGAUUGCAUUAUUAAGGAGUAUGAGGAGCAGUUGAUGGCAUUGAAUGAGCGAUUUAGAGUCCACCGAUACAAGUUACGCGAUAACGGGAAGGAACUGCUCAUUUUGAAGGAUAAAAUGACGGUUGUCCAAUACAAAGCCGAGCUCAUGCCGGAGAACUAUUUGAUGGAACUUGAGGAGCUCAAUGGAGCCAUCAUGGCUAUCGAGCUUGAGAAUAAUAAUCUUCAUGGAACAAUAGACUUUAUUGAAUGGUUGAAAAAUCAAGCUCGUUGCUCCAUUCUGUAUCUGCAGAAUGGAGAGGUUCCGGAUGGGCAACAUCAUCCUGCUGCUGAUACUACCGAAAUCGAUACAGUGACUACCGAGACUGAUACAGUCACUACCCAAGUCGGUGCAGUUAAUGUUGAGGGAACGAAAGCUGAAGAGGAGGAAAUUAAGGGCUAG